AUGUUUACCUGUAUUAAUAAAAAUUGUCUUGUAACAACAAAACCAUAUUUUUUCUCAAAUGUAUAUCGUAUAAAAGUACCUGAAAAAUUUUUACAAUGGAAUGUUAAAUGGGAUGAUUAUAAUCCUCCUGAUUAUACUUCAAUAGAUGCUAUCAAUAAAAGUUGGUCUGAUGACAAAGAAUUAAAUGUUGAAAAUUAUAAGUGGAAUGCUAUUGAUGGAGAUAUCAAUAGAAUAUCUUUUGUGGGACAUUAUCAAAUAUCUACUGAUAAUCGUCCAUUAAAUCCAAUUGGAAGAACAGGUUUAAAAGGAAGAGGUGUUCUUGGAAGAUGGGGACCUAAUCAUGCAGCAGACCCUAUUGUUACAAGAAUAUUAGAUAAUAAACUUCAAUUUGUAGCCAUAAAAAGAAAAGAUACUGGUGAAUGGGCAAUUCCAGGAGGCAUGGUUGACAAAGGAGAAAAUGUCUCAAAUACCUUAAAAAGAGAAUUUACCGAGGAAACAUUAGAUAAUAUUUCAUCAACUGUUAUCGAAGAACUAUUUAAAAGUGGUAUCAUGUUAUAUAAUGGAUAUGUUGAUGACCACAGGAAUACAGAUAAUGCAUGGAUGGAAACUUCAGUAUAUUUGUUCCAUGAUGCUAAUAAUCAACUUUCACAUACAAAUUUUAAAGCUGGAUCAGAUGCUUGCGCUGUAGAUUGGAUAACAUACUCUGAAUCUUUAUCUUUAUACGCUGAUCAUAAAAAAUAUUUAUCGUUAGUCUAUAAUAAACUUAAAAAAAUUUACAAGAUACUUUAA